AUGACCGGUUUGGUCAUUGCACUAAUGGAUGAACUCCCGACCAUGAAGUUUGAUAGGUCGCGUAGUAUGCAAAACUAUAUCAUCGAGAUGACUAACAUUGUAGCAAAACUUCAGACCUUGGGGAUAAAAGUGGAUGAUUCCUUCUUGGUUCAUUUUAUUCUGAACUCGUUACCUCCUGAGUAUGGACCAUUUCAAAUUAACUAUAAUACUAUUAAGGAUAACUGGAAUGUUAGUGAAUUGUCCAGUAUGCUUACUCAGGAGGAGUCAAGACUUAAGAAACAAGGGAGUUAUCCAAUCAACCUCAUAGGUCAAGGAGCUGGUAAAGGACUUAAAGUGAAGCCCAACAAGUUCAAGAAGAAGAGAGCACAUGCUAAAACUCCAUAG